AUGUCGAGCACACAGCAACGAUACGCGACACCCAGAGUCGCUGCUGGCGAGGAGGCAGCGGCAGCUGCAUACAUGAACAGACUUCUCAGUAUGGGCCUCCAGAUUGCCGAUUUCUCCAAAACAAACCGACCAUGGCGUGUCUACGACCUCAGCCAGCCCAUCAACAACCCGGAGCUCAUGUCUCUGUGCCAGCUACAGAGGGUUCACUCAAGAGAGCCCAUCAUAGUGCCCCCGAUCAGAUGGAAGGCCAUCCACCUCGAGAUCCUGCGGUGCGUCUUCUACUCGGAUGACCAUUUUCUAAAAGUCCCAGAAGCAGGGUAUUCCGUCACGAACAAGACGACAUCUUGUGCGUGCCACCUCCAGGCGCUGGUCAACCCGGCUUCGACGAGGUGGAGCAAGCUCUCGGCGGUGACGGCACUGUUCACCGGGCUCAUGGACUCUUCCGAGAUGAGGCUGACUAGUGACUUGCAUCUCGCCUAUGAUCACCUCCAGUCGCCGCUGUGCCUUGCCUUGGCGUCCACAAUGAGGCUGCUCACGAUUCCAAAUGAGGGCUACAAGGUGGUGUCUGACGGUGAUCUGCCACACGCCUGCGUCCUCGGCCACCUGGAAAAGGGCACGCACACGCACCUCGCCAACCUGGCGUACGUGGACCUGGCAUAUGUGAUGGCGAAGCGGCGACAAUGGCGGCUCAAGCACAUUGGUCGGACCUGGGCCGAUCCGACCAGGGACCCUUAUAUUGUGGCGACCAUCAUCGGACUCGCGCAGAGGGCCGAUCGGGAGAGCGGCAGACUGCCAGUCCGGGAAGAAAACGGGCGCGUCUACGAGGACCUCCAGGACGCCAGGGUCUGGUCCCUGGCGAGCAUGAUGCUGGCAGAGAGGCAGGGAGAGGUCAAGUCGGACCGCGAGGUCGCGCAGGCGCUGCUGCAGGCAAGGUUUGUCUGUCUGCUUUAUCAAGCGGCGCUCGCACGAGGCCUCGCUGUCGUGCCGGGCCAGGCGGGAGGGUUCCUGCCGCAGGUGCGCGAGCCCACCAGCGAGGCAGAGGUGAUGUCUGGGGUCUUGAACUGCGCCCGCUAUGUCAUGGCAGGCGGCCGCGUCGGCGAGGAUAUGCUGCGGGAGGUGGAGGAGCUCAAGGCGGUGGCGAGGACCGACGGCAGUGGGCUCGUUGGGCGGUAUCGCUGCGUCUGCUUGGCGUCGAGCCCAACAGACGGGAAGAACCUCCUCGUCUACUCGGCUGUCGUCUCGACGGCGUUUUUGGACCGGUUGGAAAAGCCUCAUGAGGCGCCGCGGGUGGACGUGCGGAGUGGGUUGGAGGUUCGGGUCGAGCUUCUCCCGUUUAGGCCUCUGGAGACUUUGCCUAGCCGGCUUGAGGUUUUGCUUAGGUUUCUUGGUUCUACUCCUGAUUAA